AUGGAUCCAGAGACCGACGAGUACAUCCGUGAAUCCAUUGAGAACUUGCUCGGCCUCCCAAUCGCUGACAAGAACCUCCGCCUCAAGGUCCUUACUUCCGAAGACGCCCGUCGCCGCCUCCAAGAUCAGAUCUUCGUCCUUGAGGAGCGCCUCAAGGAGGCCGAGAAGUGUGUAGAGCAAUAUAAGGCAGAGGCGACCAUGAAUGCCCAGGGGUUGAGGAGGUGCAUCGAGGAGAAGGAGAUGGUGAAUCACUGCGCCAAAUUGGAGAAGGAGUGCUCUCUGUAUGAACGGGAUCUUGAGAGAGCCAUGGAGUCUUGCGAUGAAUUAGCCAAGGAGAAUGACAAGCUUCAAUUCCGGCUGCAGGACAACUCUUAUGGCAUUUUUUCGCUGCUCAAUCUGGUGGUCUUCCCUCUCGACGCUUAUAAGCGUCGGCUUUGA